UGAGUAUAAACCAAACAACCCUCCACACCCUGCAGUCUCUGGAUGUUCCUCCGCAUUCCUUCCAUAAUCGCGCACACACACACACACACACACACACACACACAGAUAUAUAUCUAUAUACCCGCACAGAAAGCUGGGAGGAACCAGACACUGAGGCUGGGAGUUGGGAGGAGGGGUUUUGUGCCUGCUGUAGGACCAGAGACCAGAGAACCUCAUCAUCACCGCCCCCUACCAGUCCCAGCAUGAACAAGGCAGCCGGCGAUGAAGACGGCGGCGGCGGCGACAGUGAAACAGCCGAGCAGCCGGAGGUCAAGACUCCUGCGGGGGCGGCCCUGAGCAAACUGGGUGCUGCCACCAUUGGACCGGGCUGGACCAAAGUCAGUUGCCCCUGCUGCGUAUCGGAGCGGGUCGAGCCGUUGGUCCUGGUGAAGCUCGGAGAGAAGGUUCGCCCGGAGACGAAAAGGUGGCUCAUCCGAGUGAUUGGAACGCCUCAGAAAGAAGGAGGUGCUGCAUUGCUGGCCCACCCGGGUGAGGACGCCAGUGGUGACAUCAUCGUGCUCUCCGCCCCGCGCUGCACGUUACUUAAAGCCACGGAGGAGUUGGGUCUAUGUAAGACUUACCACAACGAGGAAAUGGAAGCCUUCUCCUACAACGACAGAGACAACUUUAAAAAUGCAGACAACAUGGAGGUGUUCCUGACCCUGGCGGAGCGGCAGCACAUCGUGAAGUAUGAGCUGGACGGUCUGCGGGCGCAAAGGGACCUGAGAGUACCCGGCCUGGCCGACAACUACACGCUGCAACACCGCGACAACAUCUGGCAGAAGCUCGGGGAGGCUGGUGUUAUUGUGGACACACUUCCCCUCCACAACCCGGACCAACUGAAGGAUCUCAGUGAGGCCUGGUAUUCUGGGAAUCAGCUGGCUCAGCCUCUGGAUUCAGUCAACGGGUAUUUUGGAAGCUCUGUGGCUUUCUACUUCAGCUUCCUUGAUUUCUACACCUGGUCUCUGCUCCCGCCAGCCAUACUGGGCCUGUCCAUCACAUACUUCUCAGGGGAGGUCCAGAAGGAGAUGAAUGAGUCCGUCUCGGGCUCGCUGGUCACAAGUGACGAGGACUCGGGGCUGGCGGUCAGCGGUCAGAUGGUCCAGGCGGUCUUCAGCAUGCUCUGGUCCACGGUGGUCAUGGAGCUGUGGAAGCGUCGGAGCUCCUCCCUGUCCUACCGCUGGGGGACCAUGCACCUCGCCGAGCGCUUCGCGGAGCCCCGGCCUGGCUUCCACGGCGACCUCGGGGUCAACCCUGUGACGGGUCGCGUGGAGCCGCUCUUUUCUGAAUGGCAGCGGGACUUGCGUAUGGCGCUGGUGUCAGUCCCAGUGGUGGGGCUCUUUCUAGGGUUGGUGAUUCUGGGCAUGCUGUGCUUCUACUGGGGGGAGGCCCAGGUGCAACAGCUCCACAGAGACUGGGACUCCCUGCUGUCUCAGACCCUGCUCUACAUGCCCUCGGUGCUUCACAUCGCCUACACAAAUGUGCUGGGGACCGUUUACAGGACGGUGGCCCGAUCCCUGACUGAAUACGAGAACCACAGGGAGGAGUCCUCCUUCGAGAACCAUCUGACGGCCAAAGUCUUGGUGUUCACCUUCUUCAACUGCUUUGCAGUGCUCUUCCACAUUGCCUUCUACAAGCAGGACGUGCCUUUGCUUCGCAAGCGCCUGGCGUCUCUGCUGAUAGUGACCCAGCUGUUGAACCAGGUGACAGAGGUGGUCAUACCCUUCCUGGUGGACCGGUUCAUCAGCGCCCCCAAUAGGACAGAGAGCGAAGACGACCCGCAGGAGGACAAAUUUCGGAACCAAAGCAACCUGCCUGUUUUCCCCGGCUUGUUUGCGGAGUACAUCGAGCUCCUGGUGCAGUUUGGGUACCUUAGUCUCUUCUCCUGCGUGUUUCCCCUGACGGCCGUGCUGCUGCUCCUCAACAACCUAACGGAGAUCCGAACGGACGCCUACAAGAUCUGCAAUCUCUUCCGGAAGCCCUUCUCCCCCCCCGCGGCCAACAUGCGCGUGUGGCAGGUCGCCUUCGAGAUCCUGAGUUUCGUCUCCGUCGUGUCCAACUGCUGGCUGCUGCUGCUGUCGCCGUGGUUGCAGAAGGUGUGCCAGGAGGGCGGGUUGAGCGGCACCAACCUCCUGCUGUUGGCGGUUCUGGUGGAGCACGUGCUGAUCUUUGUGAAGGUGGUGUUGACGGUGCUGAUACCCGAUGAACCGGGCUGGAUCCGAAAGAAGAGGGAGCAUAUUGAGUUCACGUCCAUGCAGGCCCUGAGAGAGCAGAAGCUGCACUGAGAGGCGUCUCGAUUGCGCGAGCUGCUGCUUGUGUUGUCCUGCGCAGCACUGCUUCCACGAGUAGACGGUACCGGGCCUCGGUGUUGUGUGGACCCACGUAGGAGAAGAGCCUUAGACCUUCAGCGGGCUCCCCAAAGCAUUCCGCUGUGCCCCAAACACUGCCCCUGUACCCGUUAGUGGUCCUGCUGCUCUCACGAGUUAUGGCGCUUCCGCAAUGUGCACCAUUUUUAAGAUGCACAUAUUACAUGUACACUGCAAGUGCCGUUGAAACAGCAGCUAAAGAGUGUUUUAUUUUAAAUAUUAGACUGCAAAUGGAAUGUAUUUAUUAUGUGUGCAGACACCCUCUAAAAAAAGACUUUGGUCUGAUAACGGAGGUUUUCACAGGGUUUGUCUAGUUUGAAUGAGGGCACUCUAAGGAUGUUAAAUCCCUUUGGCUACAGUACGUACAAUCAGUAGUCACAGUAGUAAGGGACGGAGUCUUUGAUGUUACCAUCAGAGUCCGAGGCAGAAACAAUACUUGACAAAGCUUUCUGUUUUUAGUUUUUUUGUCUGGAGUAGUGUUUUUGCUCGCACCACCUAGUGAUGAGCCAUAGUUAGUGUUCCAGAUUCAUAAUAAGAGGAGAGUAUCAUCUCGAGGAUACAAAGAUACAACUUUAUUUAUGCUGAGGGAAAUCGCUGUGUAGCAGUUGCAGUCUUUGAGACAAAAAGAAACAGAUCUAUCUCUUUAUAAGCUGCUUUACCGGUUCACUGUUCAACAUGCAGAGCAUUAAUAUACCACCAAAUAGCUAUUUGAUAUAGUGGCGUAACGACUCCACUAUAUCGUGCUGUAAUCCGAGCUUCUCCUUGCUUUAUUGCACAGUUGGGCCUCGCUUGCAUUUGGAGUGCAUGUUAGCACGUAGCGUAGCGCCCACCCUCUGGUAAACACUGUUAACUUCUUCAGCACUGUUAGAGCUGUUAAGCACCGUUAGAUGCGAGCUGCCAGCAUAUUGAGAGGCAAUAGAUGUGCUCUGCAUCUUCACUUUGGACACCUUUAAUUAUAAAACCUUAUAAUAAUGAAACCACAGAGAAUUAUCACCCACCUGAGCGUUACAGCAUCUCUGAGCUCAUCGUUUUGGUUUUUAUCUUUGCUGUUUUGAUCGACUCGCACUGCUCUCAUCAGUCAGAAUUCAGUUGUUUUCCCCCAAAAAACCCACUAAGAUAGAGGCUAGCUGGUGAACAUAAUUGAUAUUUUAGCAGCUGGGACCAUAUAUUUCCCUGAGGAGCA